CGAUCCCCCCCCCCCCCCCCCCCCCCCCAACUUCUUCCUCCCCUUCCUCUCUUCUCUCUCUCUAUCUCACCGCCAGCCACCGCCUUCCAACCCACCCACAUUCUGUUCUGUCGCUCUUCUGAUCUGCAGCAAUGGCGACGAUGGAGAGCUUGAUCGGCCUCGUCAACCGGAUCCAGAGAGCCUGCACCGUGCUCGGCGAUCACGGCGGCCAAGGGAUGUCCCUCUGGGAAGCCCUCCCCUCCGUCGCCGUUGUAGGUGGACAGAGCUCGGGAAAGUCUUCCGUGCUCGAGAGCGUGGUCGGGAGGGAUUUCCUGCCUCGUGGAUCCGGUAUUGUGACUCGGAGGCCAUUGGUGCUGCAACUUCACAAGACCGAUGGAGGGCAAGAGUAUGCCGAGUUUCUUCACGCCCCAAAGAAGAGGCUUACUGAUUUUGCUGCUGUUCGUAAGGAAAUUGCAGAUGAGACGGAUCGUAUUACUGGGAAAAGUAAACAAAUAUCAAAUGUUCCUAUUCACCUGAGCAUAUAUUCUCCGAACGUCGUCAACUUGACCCUCAUUGAUCUUCCUGGGUUGACGAAGGUUGCUGUAGAGGGGCAGCCAGAGAGUAUAGUUCAAGAUAUUGAGAUGAUGGUUCGUUCCUAUGUUGAAAAGCCAAAUUGCAUUAUCUUGGCUAUUUCUCCGGCUAACCAAGAUAUUGCUACUUCUGAUGCCAUCAAACUUGCCAGAGAAGUUGAUCCUUCAGGGGAGAGAACAUUUGGAGUUCUGACAAAGCUUGAUUUGAUGGACAAAGGAACAAACGCUCUUGAUGUUCUUGAGGGAAGGUCAUACAGGUUACAACAUCCUUGGGUUGGAAUUGUGAAUCGGUCACAAGCUGAUAUCAACAAGAAUGUUGAUAUGAUUUAUGCUCGUCGAAAGGAGCAGGAGUAUUUUGAAUCAAGCCCCGAGUAUGGGCACUUGGCACAUAAAAUGGGCUCUGAAUAUCUUGCUAAACUCUUAUCUCAGCAUCUAGAGCAUGUUAUUAGGCAACGGAUACCCAGUAUACUUGCCCUUAUCAAUAAGACUAUUGAUGAGCUUAAUGCUGAGUUGGACCGCAUUGGCAGACCCAUUGCAGUAGACUCAGGGGCCCAGCUAUACACAAUUUUGGAACUUUGUCGUGCAUUUGAUCGUGUCUUCAGGGAACAUCUUGAUGGAGGGCGACCUGGUGGAGAUCGGAUAUAUGGAGUUUUCGACCAUCAGUUACCUGCUGCUUUAAAAAAGCUACCUUUUGAUCGUCAUCUCUCCACGAAGAAUGUACAGAAGGUUGUAUCUGAAGCAGAUGGUUAUCAACCCCACUUGAUUGCUCCUGAGCAAGGAUAUAGAAGACUUAUUGAUGGGUCAAUCACCUACUUCAAAGGCCCGGCUGACGCUUCAGUGGAUGCGGUCCACUUCAUUUUGAAAGAACUUGUCCGCAAAUCGAUUGCUCAAACAGAGGAGCUCAAGCGAUUUCCAACACUUCAAUCAGAGAUAGCUGCUGCUGCAAAUGAUUCCCUAGAAAAAUUCCGCGAGGAAAGCCGUAAAACAGUUGUACGGCUUGUAGAUAUGGAAUCGAGCUACCUAACAGUGGAAUUCUUCCGGAAGCUUCAUCUUGAACCAGAGAAGAAUCAGAACCCUAAAGAUACCAAUAACUCGAAUAUUGAUCGCUACUCUGAUAAUCAUUUUAGGAGGAUAGGAUCAAACGUGAAUGCCUACAUCAAUAUGGUGUGUGAUACGUUGAGAAAUUCCAUUCCCAAGGCUGUGGUGUAUUGUCAAGUUCGGGAGGCAAAGAGAGCACUACUGAACAACUUCUACGUCCAAGUUGGGAGGCGGGAGAAGGAACAGCUUGGGCAGAUGUUGGAUGAGGACCCAGCGCUCAUGGAGAAGAGAAGUCAAAUUGCCAAAAGGCUCGAACUCUACAAGUCAGCUAGGGAUGAGAUCGACUCAGUCGCAUGGAAAUGAGAGAAACAGGCUACGCCUGAGUAACCAAUCUCAGGUACAAAACCUAUUUUUCAACUGAAAUCAACACUGGAAGAUUUGUUUCCACUUAACCGACAGUAUUCUUUACUAUCUUUUAGAAUAAGGAAUUUUUGUUGGGAAAGCUGGGAUUUGGACCUCACCAGUCUUCGCUUUGGGUGCACGCACUUCUUCAUCUAUGGGCUCGAUUCUUUUUGUGCUUAAGAUAUUCAAUCUCAGAAUACAAACGAUUUUGGCUUAUUAUACGCGAUGAUCUCAUGCAUUUGACGAAGACAGCCAUUUGUUCAUUAUUAGUCUAGGUUACUUUCCUUGUAGACACGAUGGCAAUGAACUUCUGUACUUUUGAUGAGUUUAUAUUGAGUUGGUUUACAGUUUGAGUUAUUUCAAA